AUGGAUGAGGCAAGCCUUGUCAAUAGCCUCUCUCAGAGGCUCUCAGAGCUCGAGCACAAGGUUCAUACCUUUCGCCACGAGGUGGCAGCUGAUUUCCUGCGCUACUACCACGAUCUGCUCCGAGACACACAACCCGACAUCGCUUCCAAUGUUGCCCAGUCCAUAGCCCAGUCACUACCCAAAUACCCAGACCUCAGCUCAGUCCUCACAAGUCUGGAUCUGGACCUUAAUAAACCUGCAGCUGACUCCCAAACUCUACCACUUGAGUCGGCUCAACGCCACUUUUCCCCGCCGGCCACUGUCGCUACCUCCGGAUCGGGAGCCGCAGAGCCUCCAGGCAGCCCCCGCGAUCGACAUCACGAAUUGCUCUUUUACCUUCCCCUGCUAGAGGGCUCUCCUCCAAGACCGCCGCCUACCUCUCCUCCCCUCACAAAGAACAACACUCCUCCUCUCGACAUGUUGUUGCCUGACCCGAGCAUCCAGGCAGACGAGAAGCAAGACUCAGCCAUUGAGACAGGAAGGAAACCCGAUAACGGCACUGACCAACUGCAGAAUGCCUUGCCGGUAGUACCUCAUUCGCCUGGACGGCCAGGCCAUGUACGCCGUGCAACCAAUGAUACUGUCUCGUCGUGCCAUUCAGAUCGGAGCGAAUCGAAAACACCACGGAGCGCCCUACGACGGUCUUCAAGUAGUUCCAAACCUCCACAGAGUCCCAGGCGUGUGCGCUUUGAUGUCAUGGGAGCAGAGGUCUUACCUACAGCGUCACCACAACCAACCGAUUCCAUGAUUCCCUCCGUGGCCUCUGCCGCAUCCGCCGACCAACCUCGCGCUGGAUCUAUGCUCGACGAUGACCUGGACGACCUACCACCGCCCCGAAAGAUUUCCUCUUCUGAAGCACUGAGAGCACUAUCUAGGGCGCCGUUGGAGGAAGGAGUGUGGACCGAGGUCAAUUCAAAUCCAGAUCAAAGGGCCGGUCAAGAGGACAAGAAAUAUGCUAGCAUUUCUGAAUCUCCGUCGGAAGAGCGGGCCAGCCCGAUUAUCAUUGCACCGGAACCGCCAUCGCCGCGCCAUGUUCCCGAAUCUGUUCGGAUUGAACGCACGUUGGGGAGCGUGAGCGAGGACCCCGAGGACCAGGAUUCAUCCGAUGACGACUUUCUCUCAAUGGCGAAUCCUAGAUCUUUUACCAAUAAGAAAGCGCCUGCAUCACCAUCUUUGAGCAGAAUCCCGGAGGAGAACCAGACCAGUGGCCAUGAUGCAAGCCCAGCCUCACCUACUAAAGCUCCAAGUUCUGGUACUCACGACGAAGUGAGGGCCGUCAACGAAGACUUGGAUGAGGAAGACGAGCUUUUUCACUUUGAUGAAGGCGGCGGCUUAUCUGCGCCGCCAAAGCCCCGAUCGAAACCGAAACCUCUUACGGUCGAGGAGGAUAUCGAAGUUGAGUUACCGGAUGUACCGGAGACCGAGCAAUCUUUAUACGCAACUUCACCGGCAGUGCACAUAACCAAGAGGCCUGGCUCCGGGCCGACGACACCAAUCGCGGCACGAUUUCAAGCUGGUUCCGUGGGAUCAUACAAAGGACGGCCAGUAGUUAUGCCUGUCGUUCGUAAUCCCGAAGUUCAUGCUCAAGCUGCCUCGUUGGGGCAUUUCAAUACGUUUGUUGGGGGUUUAGACGGACGCAGCGGCAUGGAUGAAGCAGAUCUAAGCAGCUUCCGCGCCAGCGUCGCUAAUACCGGCGGCUUCUCUGGCACACCGCGUAGUUUCACGGAACGCCUGAUGAUGGAAGAAGCUCAAAAGGCAAGGGCUGGCGGGUCAAAGUUAAGCUAA